GUUGGCUUGACAUCGUCAACCAUCCCCCGUUCAGGCCUGUCGCACUUGUUGUGGCCGCUUUAUCUUCGCUUUUACUCUCUUAUACUAUUUUGUGUGGCUGUAUUGCUAUAGCAAGCCAUCGUUUUCUCACUGCAUCUCCGACCUCUUGACAGUCGCCCCUGGUGAUUCAUCCGUUCAAGAUGACCUCACGUAUCGACAAGACAAUUGCUCGACAACGAGAGAAGAUCGCUUCUGGUGCUUACUAUGAAGCUCACCAGCAACUGCGGGUCAUCGCUGCCCGGUAUAUCAAGCAAGCGAACUACGAUGCGGCGGCAGAGAUUCUUGCUGGCGGCGCCGCCGCACUACUGAAAGCUGGAUCUCAACAGGGUGCUUCUGCCAGUGGCGGCGAUUUGGCGAUCAUGUUGGUGGUUGAGGUCUACACAAAGGCGGGGUGGGAGAUCACUGGAGGAAAUGACGAUGCGGAGGGGCGGGCUCGGAAGAAGCGCUUAAUCGAACUUCUGCACGAAUUCCCGCCCGAAGAGCCUACCCGGAAAAGGUUUAUCCAGGAGAUGAUCGGUUGGAGUGGCAGGUUUGGACCCUUAGAACGCGGCGACCCUGAGUUGCAUCAUGCCGCUGGAUCGGUAUAUGCGGAAGACCACGAACCCUAUGACGCGGAAAAGCAUCUCAUCUUUGGUACCUCGGAAUCAGCUGAGACUCUGGCCAAACUGGAAUUCGAGUGGUACACCCAUGACGAACCGCACACUGCCGCACUUUAUGCCUCUCGCGCGGUAUUCCCAUAUCUCUUGAUUGGAAACCUUCGCAGCGCCAACAAAGCCUUCCUCAUUUUCACGUCAAAGCUUUCCUCCACAAACCCCUCACUCGGCGUGCAAGAUGUCAGCAGCGCUAGCUCUGACGUACGCGUCUUCCCCGCGCUGCCAUUGUUGAAUUUCAUCAGCAUGCUGCUCCUUACGAUUCAGCGCGGUAGUUCGGAUUUGUAUAAGCAGUUGACGGCGCAUUAUGCAUCUCAUAUCAGAGACGUCGGAAUCUGGGAUGACGCCCUGUCUCAGAUAGGCGAGCAAUAUUUCGCAAUCAAGAUCCCAAGGCAGAGCAACCCGCUGCUGGAUAUGAUGGGAAGCAUGUUCUUUGGUGGCGGUCAGGAUGGUACUGGUGCCCGGAUGGCACCUCAGGGCAGAGGAGGGUCGAAGAGGGUGGAAGCGCCUCCGACGAGUAUGGAGCUCGAUUAGAGGGAUGUCAAGGGAAUUUGAUGUUGUAGUAGGCUGCAGUCUGAACGCAUCAUUCAUCACGCAUAGUAAUUAGUAUAGACCAUCAUAUCGCAAACGAAUCGGUUAG